AUGGAGUGGAAGAAUAACCUGAGGCGCGUCCAGUCAAUGAAGAGCAUCCCCUCGUCAGGUGACAAACCGGCCUGGACAGACAUAGGACUGCGGGACAGAAAGACAUCAGUGUCAGACUUAGUGUCCAGGUAUCAGACCACAGAGAAAGUGACAGUCAUUCACACAACUGUGGUAGAUGAUGGUAAAGGAAAGCCAAAACAAGUGGUAAAAGAGAUAAAAUCACAUCUUGUAGACAAAGCUGACACUAGCCUGGAGACUCUGAUGAGGAGAAAUGAGGAGAAGGAGCGGUCCAGAGGCAAAGCCAGUCUGAACCGCAGCGUAUCGAUGGGCAGCCUUCAGAACAGCGCCGUGUCCAUCGAGGCCCUGAAAGCUCAGUUUGAGUCCAAGGAUGCAGCGCUAAACAAAGCCAAGCGCAGUUUUAGGGCUGCAAACUUUACAUCACCCUCCGCGGCUGAUGUGCCAGUGAUGAAUGGAGAGGUUAAGGAUGCAAAGAAGAGCCCUGCAGAGGAAAAGACGAGACAAACGCAUGUUGAUAGAGUCGAUGCAAAAGAAGAGCAGGUGACUCAAAAGGUGGUGAAUCGGACCCUGACAGAGAGGAGAAAAACAAUAGGGGGUAUUGAUUUUGAAAAAAUUGCAGCCUCUCAAGACGAGGAAAAGAGGAGGUCAGCUGCAGACUUCAGAGACAGCUCUUUCAUCCAAACCAAGGAGAAACUGUCUGUCUCGGUCAAAGCGAUGUCUGCUCUCUAUCUGUCAAAAGUGGCACCUAAGGAAUCAACACACAGUCCGUUAAAACUGGAACAAGACCAGUCACGUAAAUCUGGGAAAGGAGUAAAACUAGUCAAGAUGUCUGAAGACUCAACAUCCCAGCAAAGGAAAGACGACCUUCCUCCACCUCCUUCUGCCGGAUGCCAAUCAGGAUGGGAAGAUUUCUCUUUAGCACAUCCUCAACAACCCAUGGCAUCCCAAAUUUCCAAAGAGAAGUUCUACCAACAGCGGAAGAAAUGCGAGCUAAGAAGGCUCCUGAAGCACACACACCCAGAGCUGAAGAUGCUGGAUGAUGUUGUGGACGAGGAGCUCGCUGAGGUUUUGAGCUCAGAAGGGUCGACAGCUGGUGAAACUGGAUACGAGGGAGAGGUCUUUUCAAGACGCCUGAUAUUUGAGAACUGUGGACGGAGUAACCAAGUGUCUCCUUACACCUCCAAGACACACAUGGCAGAAGGAACAGUGGAAAGACGUGACUUCAGUAAAACACCAGCUGUUUCUGAGGCGCCUCAUGCUGAAAGUGCUAAAGAGAUCCUAGAGGAUGACAAAUCAGUUGGAUUUAGUCCAGAUCCUACCAGAGAGUGUGAGGAGGAGAUGAUAAGAAUAGAUGUUCAGGCUACCAGAAGGGUAUUUGAGAAUCAGUCUGUGAACACAUCCAGGCCAAAUCCAGAUAAUAAGUUCCAGGGGAAAGUUUCUAUUUCUGAGGAUGAGACAAAGGCAGUUCAAAAACAAAAAAAGCAGUUUGAAAUAAGUAGCAAAGACAAUUUACACAGCAAAUGUAAAAGCAUGAACACAGAUUUAGAAGUGUCACGUUCUCAUGAUGCUGAGAGUCCUUAG